CCCAACCCAAGUUCACCUACAGCCUCGUGCGCAUCUGAGUCGGUCGAUCGCUCUCACACGUCCGCCUGCCUCGCCGCACCGGAGCGCGCAAAAAAAAAUUAAAAAAAGGAAGAACAGAGACAUCUCGUCUCUUUUCCUCGCCGUCCUCAUCCGCCAGCUCCCUCAGUUUCCGCGUCUGCGUUCUCCAGCACGGCAAAUCAGUGCCCCAGCGUGACCCUACCACUACAACCGUCCGAGACGCCGGAUCGAGUCGUCAUGGAUCGUCCUGAGAUGGUGCCACCGUCGCAGCAGCGUCAGUCGUCCACGCCGUCCAGCUUCACCUAUCCUACCGCUGCCUCCGUGCCGUUGAGGAUGGUUUCCGCACCUGUGCCCAGUCCCACCCAGCAGCGUCCGCAGUACUUCUCCAGCUUUUCCACCUCGACCCUUCCAAGCGAGUCCUCGUCGUCCUCUUCGUCCGCAGCGGCGUCGACGUCGGCAUUUGCGGCGGCGGCGGCCGCCGCCGCCACUGCGCAGCAGCAAGCCAGCAUCGGGACCGGACAGCAGCAGCAGCCGGGUUACGACUACGUACCGGAUCGCGGGACCGCGGGCUCGACGGCGCAAGAGACUAGGAACUACAUCGACAAUUUCGCCCUGGUCGCCGAGGCCGCGAAGAGGGCCCAGAUGGCCGUCCUCAUGCGGGACAUGGAAGGCGUCGAGCUGGGUUGAUGACGUCUUCUUUAUGCCCGUCCCUCUGUUUUUCUUUUCAGUUGUAUUUUGGCAUGUUUCCUUCAGCGUUUUCGAAUCCUGCCUUGGAUGUCCUCGGCUUUCUACACCCAACGCUGGGCGGGCCCCCCUUGCGCACGGCGGUCGAAUUUUUGCUUUGGUGCCUUUAUUGUUUUUCUUCUCCUUCUUUUAUUCGGAUCAGGUUUCCACAUUGGCAUAGCGUGCUGGCGUUGAGGGAUUUCUCUUCACUGUUCAAGUUCACCGCACCCCACUCUCGGUUCGAUGCCCGAGCAUCCAAGUGCCGCGCCGCGAAAACGCACAGCCUUGCCAGAGAUAUCCACAGGCGCACACGCCGCAGCAAGAGGCGAGGGAUCGGAUCAGCGUAAUCAUUCUCGUUCGAAUGGUCUUUUCUUGGACUGUUUGAUGUGUUAGAACACUGCUAUAUCUUUUCUAUUUACGAUUGCACGUACACGGCCCCCAUUCGAAGCCGUAACAGUGCAACAUAGAUACCCAAGAUUAGCAUUAGAAGUCUGCAAGAAGGAAGACAUUGCUGUCAUCUGUGUGCCGUCACUGCAUCUUCUGCUCUCUCCAUUCGGCUUCGAAGAAAUCAAGUUCCAUUUGUUCAACUCACGUGUUAUCCCCCUUUAGGAAAGAUCCCGCCCUGGGGCUCAUCGUGGGUGUGAAGUUUUGAAAGUAAAAGGAAGAAAAGACCACACUCUUAUCUCUUGUCUCUCUUGCACACGACGACAGAUAUGAUCUUUCUCAAGAUUCCGAAGACGGGAUGUCAAUGCCCAGAAAGACGUGGAUCCUCGACUCGUCGCAUAGCCGCGCUCAAGAAAAGAAUAAUAAUUUGGACGAGAGCAGCCGUCAGGCGGCGUCAAUAAUUUUUCGGUCUUCGUCUAACUCCCGUAUCUCGUCGAAUUGAGACGCUGCCGCCCCAAACCACGCCGUACUCGACCUCGCUCGUGCCCUUGGCGACUGCCACCGACGACUUCAGCCGGCGGACGCGAGCAAGUGCACGGAAACGCCGUCGAUGCUGGAUUCGACUGGCGACUUGGCCGAGAGAAGGCGACCAAGGUCGCGCUCCGACAGAAGCGACGUCUUGCACGGCGGAUAGAUCCGUGAGGAAUGCGAGAGCCGUUGGUCUGGGGUACUCCCGCGUGGAACGAGCCCGAAGCAGAGCGCGCGAAAAAGUGACCCUGUUGUCGCGACCAGAGCCUGGCGAUCCG